AUGUCCGAUCACAGAGCGGGUGCAAGACUGAUGAUAGAACAAUAUACUUUCGCAACUCACCUCAGCUUGCAAAACGCUCGGUCGAAAUAUCGAACCUUCAGCCUCAUGGACCAGUCGGAAGUCGACGCGGUCCGGAGGCCGGCCUUCGCAUACGAGCAACUGGAACGCCCCGAAGAUUCCCUCCGCCUACUGGACGUUCUUCCGGACCCUGAGCAUGGUCUGGUUCACGUGGAACUUCGUGAGUAUACAGAAAAAGAGAAAGCCCAGUAUCGAUGUCUGUCUUAUGUAUGGGGCUCGCCGACCAGCAAGAAGCACGAAAUCGCACUGAACGACUGCAAAUUCACAGUCACUCGCAUGGCAGAUAUUUACAGUGGUGCAAUCGAGACUCUAAUAUGGCUCGGGGAUAAGCCACACCUCAAUACAGCACUUUUCCUGAUAAACCAUUCUCACGAUACGCCCGCAAUUCGAGAUAUUCUGCAUCCGCUUGUGCAACUUCAUAGUGAUCCAUACUGGAGUCGUGCCUGGGUUGUUCAAGAGAUUGUUCGUUCAAAGAAGUCAAUUAUUCAUACUAUGGAAGAACACGCUCCCUUGGAACACGUCGUAGUUGCUAUGAGAUCUCGUGGCUUUGCUGAGCACACGAUACAUGCGAUAAUGCCUCUCAACCCCGUAUCCCGUUUCGACAUGUGGCAAGACUAA